ACGCAAUUUCUCCGCCAGCUCCACGUCAUAUUUAUCGCCAGCCCCAAUCGGAACAGGAAGUUUAUAGCCGGAGAACGAGAGAAGGAGAAAGACCUAGAGCAGCUAGAAGAUGUCGUGGCAAGCGUACGUUGACGAUCAUUUGAUGUGUGAGAUCGACGGCCAACGUCUAACUUCAUCUGCUAUCGUCGGCCACGAAGGCGGUGUCUGGGCUCAAAGCGAGUCCUUCCCGCAGUUCAAACCCGAAGAAAUAACUGCCAUUCUGAACGACUUUGCUGAACCUGGAUCUCUUGCCCCAACUGGUUUAUACCUUGGCAAUGUCAAGUAUAUGGUUAUACAAGGUGAACCUGGGGCUGUUAUUCGUGGCAAGAAGGGUUCUGGAGGUAUUACUAUAAAGAAAACAAAUCUUGCUCUAAUAAUUGGCAUUUAUGGUGAGCCGAUGACUCCAGGGCAGUGCAAUGUGAUUGUGGAGAGGCUUGGUGAUUAUCUUCUUGAACAGGGAUUUUAAUUCUUGUGGUGUGCUUGUCUUUUUCAUCUGUACUGAUGGGUUAUGGUACUCUUCUACAUGGGAUUGCAUCUAGAGUUCUACACCAUGCAUUGUGUUAUUCGCACGAAAUAAUUUAUCAAAACCGUGUAGGUUCUGCGUGGGGGAAAUUGCAUUGAAAUCUCUGUUUGCCCUCCUUCCGGUCAGAGUUGCUUUUGCUUACUGGCUAUGUAUUUCUUUAUUAUUGGAUUGUGACUUUUAUGAGCUGAAAUUUUAUAAGAUGCUAGUAUUUCGAACUUCUUAUUGAACUUGUAUUUAUUCUGAAAUAUUUUUUUGGCUGUCCAGUUGUUAGA